AUGGAUCGCCAUUCCAGCUACAUCUUCAUCUGGCUGCAACUGGAACUGUGCGCUAUGGCCGUCCUGCUCACCAAAGGUGAAAUCAGAUGCUACUGUGAUGCUGCACACUGUGUUGCAACCGGCUAUAUGUGCAAAUCUGAACUUAGUGCCUGCUUCUCCAGACUGCUUGAUCCUCAGAACACACAUUCCCCACUUACUCAUGGCUGCUUGGACUCUAUUGCAAGCACAGCUGAUAUCUGCCAAGCCAAACAAGCACAAAACCACUCUGGCACUGCCACCAUGUCCACAUUGGAAUGCUGUCAUGAAGAUAUGUGCAAUUACAGGGGACUACAUGAUGUUUUGUCUUCUUCCAGGGGUGAUACUUCAGGACAAGGGAGCAGGUAUCAACAUGAUAGCAGCAGGAACCUCAUCACUAAGGUGCAGGAAUUGACCUCUUCAAAAGAGUUAUGGUUCAGGGCAGCUGUAAUUGCUGUUCCUAUAGCUGGUGGGCUCAUCUUGGUACUCCUUAUCAUGCUGGCUUUGCGGAUGCUCAGGAGUGAAAAUAAGAGACUGCAAGAUCAGCGACAGCAAAUGCUCUCCCGUUUGCACUACAGUUUUCACGGACAUCAUUCGAAAAAAGGGCAGGUGGCAAAACUGGACUUGGAAUGCAUGGUGCCUGUGACUGGUCACGAGAACUGCUGCAUGACCUGUGAUAAAAUGAGACAUUCAGACCUCAGCAAUGAUAAAAUUCUUUCACUAGUCCACUGGGGAAUGUACAGCGGACACGGGAAGCUGGAAUUUGUAUGA